GCCGCUGAGGGGCGGCGGGCCCGGGAAAGGGCGGAGGGCCCGGCAGGGGCGGAGGAGGGCCGGGCAGGGGCGGAGGGCCCGGCAGGUGCCGCGGAGGAUGGCGGCGGGGGACCCGGAGCAGGCGCGGUACUGCGGGCGGCUCUCGUACCUGUGCCUCAAGCUGAGCCUCAUCACCUACUCCACCACCUUCUGGGUGAUCGGAGCCCUCGUCCUCGCCGUUGGGAUUUAUGCAGAAAUUGAAAGACAGAAGUACAAAACUCUAGAAAGUGCCUUUCUAGCCCCAGCAAUUAUUUUAAUACUUCUGGGCAUUGUAAUGUUCCUGGUGUCCUUUGUGGGUGUACUGGCUUCCCUGAGAGACAAUUUAUGCCUUCUGCAAGCAUUCAUGUACAUCCUUGGGAUCUGCCUGCUGAUCGAGCUGACAGGUGGAGUGGUGGCCCUGAUCUUCAGGAACCAGACAAUCAAAUUUUUGAAUGAUAACAUUAGAAGAGGAAUUGAGAAUUACUAUGAUGAUUUAGACUUCAAGAACAUCAUGGAUUCUGUUCAAAAGCAGUUCAAGUGCUGUGGUGGGGAGGAUUAUAGAGAUUGGUCCCAGAACGUGUACCACAACUGUGAGGCUCCAGGGCCACUGGCUUGUGGGGUGCCCUACACUUGCUGCAUCAGAAACAAGACAGACAUUAUCAACACUAUGUGUGGAUACAAAACCAUUGACCAAGAGCGCUUGAGCGUUCAGCACAUCAUCCACGUCCGCGGCUGCACCAACGCUGUGCUCAUCUGGUUCCUGGACAACUACACCAUCAUGGCUGGGGUGCUGCUGGGCAUCCUGCUGCCCCAGUUCCUGGGCGUGCUGCUGACGCUGCUGUACGUGACCAGGGUGGAGGACAUCAUCGCGGAGCACAAGCUGGGCCAGAGCCUCUUUGGGGCUGCGCCUGCUCCCGAGCGGGCCGGGGCUGGCUGCUGCAUGUGCUACCCUGGCUGAUGGGCACCCGGCCCCACCCAGCUGGGCACACCAGGCUGCUGGGGCAGCCAGCACACACUGGGGACAGCCAGCACACAGAGAGGGGCACUGGUUCCUCUGAGUGGUUGCUGGGAGCUGACACAGCCAGGGAACUGGAGAAGAGCCGAGCUUCCGUCUCCAGGAGCUCUCUUUGCAUCCCUGGAUGUCAGAUUUGAGUGUUUGUGCUUCUCCAGCUUUGUUUCCUUACUCCUUCCAGAGAGAUUUCUUGCUGAUCCACACGGGGAAGGUGAAAGCUGUGUUUAAUAGUGGGGUUUUAUGCUAAUCAUGAUGAAUUUACUGACAAUAAUGGAUGUGAUGCUGAUCGCUUUCAUUGCUCAGUGCCUUUCAAAAUGCCAGUGUCAAAUCAGUCAGGUAAUGCUUGAUCUAUUUUUUAAUGCAGUUUAUUACUGUGUGGCUUUUGUAUAAACUUACAAGAUGUUUGAGUCUUGGACGUACUGUAUUUUUCCCCUUUAGUAAAUUAACUAGGUGAUUUAUGACUUUAUAUUUUUUUGGAGUUCUUGUAUGUCGAGAUGUUUCUAAGAUUUACUGUUGAAAUAAAACCAAUGAGUCGUUUUUUCUUAAAAAA